AUGGCGCCUAAAGAGCUUGUGGAGAUGAAGAAGCAGCUAGAAGAGAUGCUUCAGACAGGGAUACGUUCCAAUAACUCCCCAUGGGGAGCACCCGAGAUCUUUGUUUCUAAGAAAGAUGGUAGUCUCCGCAUAUGCAUAGAUUAUAGAGAACUGAACAAGAAUGGCAAAACGAACAACGUCGUUUUGCCAUUCGACCCAAAAUCGGGCCACACAUUUCGAGCUACCAGCCAUUUUUCAUAUUUUUAUAUCGAUAACGACACUGCUCUUGAAACUCUGUACCGGUUAAACGUCAGUGGCAAAGAGUUGUCUGUGAAUCAAGAUACUGGCAUAUACUGGACGUGGGAUCCAGAUGACGGGUAUAUAUACGGCGCGGCCUUUGGUUUGUCACCUCACCUUGACGUCCCAAUUCGUUACACUAACGACACACCGAAUUACACUGCUCCGGCGACUGUGUACACUACGGCUCGGACCGUGGGAAAGGACCCACAUAUAAACUUGCAGUACAAUUUGACUUGGAUCUUGGCCGUUGAUUCUGGGUUCUGGUACCUGGCUAGGCUUCAUUUUUGCGAGUUUCAACUAGAGGUAACCAGAGAAAAUGAGAGGAUAUUUUCGGUGUAUAUGAAUAAUCAGACGGCUGAUCAAGAGGUUGAUGUUAUACACUUGAAUGGGGUCGCGGAAUUGCUGUUUUCAAAGAUUAUGUUCUUUCAGUACCAGUCGUCAAUGGUCUCCGGAGUAACGUGGAUUUGUGGCUCACGAUGCACCCGAAAAUGCACUCCAAGCCCAGUUACGCUGAUGCAAUCUUGAACGGUUUAGAGAUCUUCAAAUUGAAUCAAUCGGACGGUAGUCUCGCCAGGCCCAAUCCUGUAUACGAUAUGGUUCCUGCACCGCCGACACCGUAUCCAAAGCUACCGGACAAACAGAAAAACGUUGUCGUCGUUGGUCGUCACCGUCGUUGGGGGUGUAAUCGGCGGAGUAUUCUUGAUUUCAGUGAUUGGUUUCUUGAUUUUCCGGCGACGGAGGAGGGUGAGAGACUCCGGUGCAAGCGUGGUCAAGUCAUCGUGGGUCCAAUUUUCGAUUUCGCACACGUCAAAGUCCAGGAAGACUAACGCUUCAACGUUACCGUCUAAUCUCUACCGACAAUUCUCGCUAGCAGAACUCAAAUCUGCUAUGCUCGACUUCAAAAAGGAUUUUGUGAUCGGCACUAGAGGAUUUGGUUAUGUGCACAAAGGGUACAUCGAUAACGGCACAUCCAUUGUUGCAAUCAAGCGGCUGCAUCCAUCAUCAAGCCAAGGGGCCCGUGAGUUUCGAACGGAGAUCGAAAUGCUAUCCAAGUUAAGCCACCACCAUCUAGUGGCUCUGAUCGGUUACUGCGACGAUAAUGGUGAGAUGAUCUUAGUGUAUGAUUACAUGGCCAAUGGUACCCUCGUGAUCAUUUCUACAAAUCAGACAAUCUGCUUCUCUUGUGGAAGCAACGCCUCGAGAUCUGCUUUGGUGCUGCUCAUGGGCUCCAUUACCUCCAUACAGGAGCAAAGCACAUGAUCAUUCACCGCGACGUCAAGUCUACCAACAUACUAUUGGAUGAAAAAUGGGUGGCCAAAUUUUCAAACUUUGAUUGUCGAAAAUUAGCCCCACUAAUGUGGGCCAGAGUCACGUCAGCACUGCCGUAAAGGGUAGUUUCAAGUACGUGGAUAGAAUAUUAUCGACGACAACAAUUGACCAAAGAGUCUGAUGUGUACUCUUUUGGAGGGGUGUUAUUGGAAGUGUCAUGUGGGAGGUCCGCAAUUGUGACAGGGCUAGAAAAGGAGCAAGUGAGCUUGGCUGAGUGGGGCCGGAAAUGUUGGUGACAAGGGACCGGUGAUCAGAUUGUUGUGCCGGACUAUGUAAAGAAGUUUGGGGAGAUAUUCGAAAGCUGCCUAUGUGAUAUUGGGAUCGAACGGCCAGCAACGGUGAUAUGAUUUGGAGCCUGGAAUUUGCAUUGCAGCUUCAAGAGAUUGCCGAGAUGAACAUCAACGGUGAAGAUGGGUUUAUGAGUCCCUCGGAUCCUCUGCUUCAAGCGAGAAAGACGACAACCGAUGAUGACAAUGAUAUGUUGUUUUCGGGGUCUCAGAGCAACGGGACCGGGACAUCAACAGCUGAGAGUGGUGCAAGGAGUGGUAACAGUUUUGGUUCUCAUCAGACUGUUGUUUUCUCUGAAAUUAUGAAUCCAAAUGGACAGUGAGAUCAACUUCAAUACAUGUGGGGUUAAGAUUUUUGGGCAUAACAAAAAUUAAGAUGGAUUAGCGCAAGAUAGAUUUGCGAAAGUUCUUGGUUUGAUUUAGUUUUCUUUUAAUCUGUAAAAGGUUGAUAUAUUUUGGUUUUAAUUCUACUAAAUAUUGUAUUGCAAUGAAUAAAUUUAGCUGCAUGGCCUAUCGACUGAAAUUGAUCUCUUGCUAGCUAGUGAAUGAGGCACUCCGUGCUAAA